UACCACAGGAAAAGUAUCUUGCAGGGCUGAAGUUUUGCCGUGGAUUACUGAUUUCCCAGGUAUCAAGAAGUAAUUGUGAUCAGUCUGGCUUUCUAGAUUACCUUCCUGCCAACCUUUGAAAGAACAUUUCUUCAGGGAUCAUUGGUGAGCCCCACCAUGUCCAACUUCAAGGUACAGUACGGAGGUGCCCCCGGAGGCCCAGCUUUUCCGGGACAAACUCAGGAUCCAUUAUACGGAUACUUUGCUGCUGUUGCUGGACAGGAUGGGCAGAUAGAUGCUGAUGAGUUGCAGAGAUGUCUGACACAAUCAGGCAUUGCUGGAGGAUAUAAACCUUUCAACCUGGAGACUUGCAGGCUUAUGGUCUCAAUGUUGGAUAGGGACAUGUCUGGCACCAUGGGCUUUAGUGAAUUUAAGGAACUUUGGGCUGUGUUGAAUGGCUGGAGACAACACUUCAUAAGCUUUGACAGUGACCGAAGUGGGACUGUGGACCCACAAGAGCUGCAGAAAGCCCUGGGGACCAUGGGAUUUAGAUUGAGCCCCCAAGCAGUGACUUCAAUUGCAAAGCGAUAUAGCACCAAUGGAAAGAUUACCUUUGAUGACUACAUUGCCUGUUGUGUAAAACUUAGAGCUCUCACUGAUAGUUUUCGAAGAAGGGAUACAGCUCAACAAGGUGUUGUGAAUUUCCCAUAUGAUGAUUUCAUACAGUGUGUGAUGAGCGUCUAAAUCAAAGGAAGAAGAUGGUGGGCAAACCAACAUUCCUCUUUGCAUUUUGCUUUGCGUUUGUUUAUCUGUCAUCUGUAACGUGUGUAAUUUAACAUUGGCACAUUCUCAAAGAUUCAUUUUGUAAAGAUUUGUUGCUUUAUAUACAAUUAAGGUUUUUGUUUUUAGUUUUGAUAAUGUUUAUUAAAAAAAGGAAUUUUAAUAACUUAAGAUCAAGUAUAACACUUCAUGCCUUGACUUUGGGCAUAUCAUUGAGCCAUUGUUAAUCAUGCUUUAUUUUCUUUGCUACGCCACUAUUAUAUAAAUUUAAGAUGGCGACAGUGUUUGAGCCAUACUAUGUAUUUUCAAUUAUGAUCUACUAAAACCUUUUGAUGAAUGUGU